AGGAGGAUGGCAGAUAUAGCAAUGAACUUGCUUCUCCGGAAGGUGGCGACAAUGCUAUCAGAAGAAGCUGAUCUGCUGGGAGGCUUGCGGGCAGAAGUAGAGGACAUCGAGCAUGAGCUGAUUGGCAUGCAGAACUUCCUGACGACGGGCGAAGCAAGCAUAGUCAAGAACUGCGUGGACGAGGUGAGAGAGCUGGCUUACGACACUGAGGACUGCAUCGAUAGCUUCAGGCUCCACAUUGCCAAGGAGUCUCGCCCAAAGAAGGAAGACGGGUGCAUCUGUUUCUUGGAUGAAGGUAUCCACUACCUGAAGACGCUACUGCGGCGCUAUCAAAUUGCCAAGGAGAUCAAGAAGAUCAAAGCCAAGGCGGAGCGUCUGCACCAGAUAAGGUCAAGGUACCAGACGCUGCCGGGCUCAUCGACCCGGCAAGAAUCUUUGCACGGGAGAAAUGAUGCCCGAUCGGCCGCUCCCUGCGUCGACGAGGACCAGCUCGUUGGCAUGGAAGAGAGGAGGAGCAAGCUGAUGCAGUUGCUGCUUGGAGGCGACGGCCAGCUCACUGUCAUCUCUGUGGUCGGCCUGGGUGGCUCGGGUAAGACCACCGUGGCCUGGAACCUGUUCGAGGACGAAGGGGUGAAGGAGACGUUCAAAUACCGCGCUUGGAUCGACGUCCCCCAGCAGUCCGAUUACUGGGUGCUCCUCCGCAACCUCAUACGCCAGCUCCAGCAUGACCGGAAGGACCUUCCCCAAGGGCUGGGGUCCAUGGCCGAGCUGCAGCUGGCGAACCAGCUCAAACGAUUCCUCCGCGACAAGAAGUACAUGAUAAUUCUCGACGAUGUCAGGGAGCCGAGUGUCUGGGAACGCAUCGCAGGCGCAUUUCCGAAUACCAACAAUGGCAGCAGGGUGAUGGUAACCUCGCAGCUUCAGAACAUCGCCUCUUACGACAUCGGCGGUUGUGUUUACGCCAACCAUCUGUAUCAGCUGCCGGAUCUGGAAUAUCAUGAGGCGUGGAAGCUCUUUCGCAGGAGGGCCUUCCGAGCCAACCCUGAGUUCGCCUGCCCGGAGGAGCUGACGGACGUAGCCGAGCGCAUCGUCAAGCGCUGUGCGGGGCUGCCGCUUGCCAUCGAGACGGUGGGUGGUCUUUUGAAAAACAAACCUCAGAUCCCGUACGAAUGGAACAGAUUUCACUGUAGCCUCAUCCCGGAGCUCCAGAGCAACAGCCGGCUCGCAAGCGUGCAGAGGAUCCUGUCACUUGGCUACGAUGAUCUACCAGCGCAUCUCAAACCCUGUAUCUUGUGCUUUUGCGCCUUCCAGGUGAUCAAACAGAAGAGGCUGAUGAGGAUAUGGAUCGCCGAGGGAUUCGUCCAGAGCGUUGAGGGCAAGACGCAGGAGGAGGUUGCCAGGGACUACCUCAAAGAGCUCGCCGACCGGAGCAUGGUUCAAGUGUCGGAGUCGGAUCCGCCCGGAGGCACCACCAAAAUUUGUCGCGUUCAUGGCUUCAUGCAUGAGAUCCUCAAAUUCAAGUGUACGGAGCAGAGCGCCUACAGACUCCUUGAGGAGCGGCACGAUGGAAACAACAACCAGCAUGAUCUGGCAUCACCAGUGCCACCGUCUCGCAAGAUCCGGCGCCUGUCACUUCGUGGCAGCAGUCAAAUAUAUGAGGGUAUGGCGUCUCUGCUGCAGCGCGACGACUGCGGCUCCAGCCUCCGCUCCCUCAUCAUUGCAAUUGGAGAUCAGACUCCAAUUCUAUUCCCCUCUCUUGACCUCCCUAACAAAUUCGUGAUGCUGAGAAUGUUGGAUCUGGAGGGCACCAAGGUCAGCAGGCUUUCAGGCCAGAUCGAUUCCUGCCGUCUUCUCAGGUACCUGAGCCUGAGAGACACUAAUCUGGAUAGUCUACCAAAGUCAAUGGGCAAGCUCCUCAACCUGGAAACGCUGGACCUCCGAGGCACCCAGAUCACAACACUGCCGGACGAGGUCACCAAUCUCCACCGUCUUCACUCUCUACAUGUCUCCUGUCCGACCCCGCCUGGUCGGACAUCGAGAGACAUCACGCAUGCAGCAUGGUACGAAUUAGCGGCCCUGCAGGGCGUGAGUGCUCCCCGUGGUGUCAGGCGAUUGACACGCCUGGUGAAGCUGGCUCUGUUCGACGUUGGCCACGAUGACGUGCUGAAGGAGCUGCAGGAUUUGACGCAGCUGAGGAAAUUGGGCGUUCGAUGCAUCAGGAGAGGAAAUGGGAAGGAUGUGUGUGAUGCUAUCCAACAAAUGAGCUGUUUACGCUCCCUGGUCCUUCACUCGGUGGGUACCGAUGAGCUUCUCGAUCUGCAAUCCUUGUCCUCUCCUCCUCCGCUCCUCGAGCAUCUAUUUCUGGCAGGGCCGCUGGAGAAGCUGCCAACGUGGGCUAAAUCGCUUCGCUUCAUCGUGAAGAUAGUCCUCGUGGGGUCUAGGUUGAAGGAUGACCUGUUUGAUGCCUUUCAAGGCCUACCGAAUCUGACGCAUCUCUCCCUGAUUGAAGCGUUUGCUGGAACGCAUCUAUGUUCAAGCAACGGAUCAGGAUUCAAACAGCUCAAGAUAUUACAUCUUUCCAAUUUGAAUGAGUUGGUGUCGGUGACAGUGGCGAAGGGAGCAAUGCCAGCUCUUGGGACGCUGUCAAUCUGGUACUGCGGGGCAUUACAGCAAGUUCCAUCGGGUAUUGAACACCUCACAGGUCUGAAGGAGCUUCACUUGCUUGGAAUGCAGGAGGAAUUUGUCUGCAGGCUGAGGGUUGGAGGGACAGAGCGUGGGAAGGUCGCACACAUCCCGAUCAUCAGAUCAAGAACCUACAUCAAAUCGCAGGCUGGUGAUUGGAGUGGAUGGAUAGAUGAAGAUCUUUUGGCCCCCAUAGCACUGGAGAUGGAGGAGGAGGAGGAAGAGGAAGGAGGAGAAGAAGGACGGAGAACAGGAUCUUUCGUGGAGGAGCGCGACGGGGAUACUAUAAAAUGGAGAAGGUACAACUCGUCGGAAGAUAUGGCACUAGGAGACAGACGAUGACGUUCACGUUCACAGCUCCCUGCAGAUGACUCAGAGGUUGAGUCACCUCCAUCGAUCUCCGUUGUCACACUGGCUUCACUGUCAGAGGGUCUUGCAUCGAUAGGUCCCAGUGAGGCGGGUCCCAGUGAGGUGAGUCUUCAUUGGUGGUGAGGUGAGGGCAAGAUCCAUCAAAGAACCUCAUUCUGAAGCAUUGGAGACACGAGCACUUGGGAUAGCAUCUCUGGAUCGAGAUAUCAAUCGGCUGUACUAGACCCAUUAGGAGAUGGUGUGACCCAUGGAGGACUGAGCUGGGCAUCAUAUACCGCAGGUGUAUUUGAUAUCGCUGGUUUUGAGGAGGAUCGUGUGAGGCAAGCUAUCGACAUUCAGUUAUCAUUGUAUUUCAGAGACUAUCGCCAUCACAUGCAUCAGCAUUGGUAUCGGGUGGUGCAGGAUCAUGAGGAGGAGGCAGCACGGCAGCAGCCCUAUGACAGCAUCACCAUAGAUGAUUGGACUACUAUAUGCCCCGACAGUACGAAGAUCCAGCACAUCAGAGACGAUGUGCCCAGAAUGUGGCGAACCAAGUGAGAUAGACCGUGUCGCAUUAUGGGGGUUAGAGAUUGUUUGCUCGUCACAUGGAGCACAUGAGAGAUGCUGAGAGUGGCGAUCUUUCUGGUAGGAUCGAUAUCUACCAGCG